CUCUUCCAGGUUGUCCAACAUCAAACCCGCUUAYCACUCUUGCUGCUAGUAAUUAAGAAAAAGGAAGGAACCAUGGUGCUCUCCAAUGUAAAAGUCAUCGACGGUCGUGACCACCUCCUUGGUCGCUUGGCUAGUGUAGUCGCCAAGGAACUUCUCGCUGGACAGAAGAUUGUUAUCGUCCGAUGCGACGAGAUGUGCAUCUCUGGAUCCCGUGAGUGAAAGGAGACCGAACGGCUGACGGAUACAGACCGUCUUUGGUUCUUUUGUUAUGCUGUCAACAAUUGUUUUAGUCGGAUGUUCUAUUGAUGUACUCACAAGUAAUUUAUUUUUCGAUGCAUUGUCACUGGACUCSUUUGCGACGUUAUYCGCAAUGAUUCGAAUUUAACAGUGGUUAGAAACCGAGUCAAGUAUGCCCAAUUCCGAAACAAGGCCAUGAACACGAACCCUCGCAAGGGUCCUUACCAUUACAAGGCCCCUGCCAUGAUGGUCUGGCGCACAAUUCGUGGUAUGGUCCACCAGAAGACCGCACGGGGACAAGCCGCUCUUGCGCGUCUUUCCACCUUUGAUGGAAUCCCUGCCCCUUACGACAAGCAAAAGCGAGUGGUCGUUCCCGCUGCCCUCCGAUCCAUGCGCCUCAAGCAGGGAAGAAAMUACACCGUUAUUGGAGUUCUUGCCGAUUCCGUCGGAUGGAAGCACAAGGAACUUUUGGGACGCUUGGAAGCUAAGAGAAAGGCAGAUGCCAAGGAAUUCUACGAAGCCAAAAAGGCCAAGGCAGCUCUCCGAAGACAAGCAGAGGAGGCCUGUGCAGGUGAACUUGCGAAGGUCAAUGAAGUUCUCGCUGCAUCUGGAUACUAAACUAGUGUGGUUUUGUUCAAAUAUAGUAAAAUCAGACUCUCCCAAUUCUUCCYACGAUUAAUACCCGUCAUAUCCAAACACCACCGCUAGUAGUUGUACGCCAUAAACGAAAAAAAAUCCU